CCCGCCCCGUCUCCCUUCUGCCUCUUUCCCCAGCCCUUUUUUUCCUCUCCUCCCCCUCCUCAGGCACCCACACCCCCCUUUUCCCUCUCCCCCUAUAACCGUCAUGAAGCUUUGGAUCUGCCCUUUCAACAGCGACAAGUUCCAGGUCGAGGUCGAUGAUGCCGCUACCACCAUGGACCUAAAGGAGGCCAUUGCCAAGGUGGAGAACUCCUCCGCCGAGACCCAGCGUCUUAUCUUCGCUGGCAGCGUCCUGAAGGACAGUGAGCAGCUCAGCUCCUACAACAUCGUUGAUGGCGUGUCCAUUCAUUAUGUUCGUGGGCGGGCCCCCCGCGCUGCGGCUGCCGCCGCUCCGGCCGCCGCCCCGGCUCGGCCGGCGACUACUCCGGCCCCGGCUCCGGCGGCCGCCCCUCGCCCGGCUUCGGCUGCCACCCCCUCGGCUGCCAGCGUGCCGACCAACAUCUCGGCUGGGUUCGACCCGUCGCGCUCGGUCAUCGGCGCCGGCGAGUUCUCCCUGGCCAAUGCCGACCUUGGGUCCAUUCUGAGCGCCAUUCCUGGCGGCCUGUCGUCUCUGAUCGGGGACGGUGAGGAGGGCUCCUCCGGUCUGCCCGACUUCGAGGCGGUCAACCAGCUCCUUAGCCAGAACCCUGCCCUGCGCGAGCAGAUGAGCCAGAUGAUGUCGGACCCGGCCAUGAUGGAAUCCCUCAUGAACAACCCCAUGUUCCGGGACAUGCUGCCUCCCGGCUCGCGCAAUCUGAUGUCCAAUCCUGCCAUGAUCCGCCUGGCCAUGGACCCGGAGUUCGUGCAGCUCCAGGCUCAGAUGCAGGCUGUCAUGCAGCGCCACGGGGUGGACCUUAGUUCCAUGAUGGGCGGUGGCGGUGGCAUGUUCGGCGCCGCCGGUGCCUCGGGAGCCGGCUCCCCCUCCGCCAGCCAGGAGGGCACCAACCGGCCGGCGGCCGGCCCCGGCGCCAUGCCCUCGCUGGCUCAUCUGGAGCAGCUCCUGUCGGCCUUCGGUGGGGCUGCGGGUGCCGGUGCUGGCGCGGCUGGUGGCUCUCCCUUCAACUUCGGCGGUGCUGCGGCGGCCGCCCAGGCCCCGGCCGAGCCCCCUGAGUCUCGCUUCCAGGUCCAGCUGUCUAUGCUCCAAGACAUGGGCUUCCAUGACUCGGCCGCCAACAUCCGCGCCCUGCUUUCCUCCGGGGGUCGUGUUGAUGCCGCGGUCGAGUACCUUCUGCGCUCGCCUCCGGACUUCUCCUCCGGCGGCGGAAGUGGCGGCCCUGGCUCCCCCGGGUCGAACUAGUGUGGGCACACAUGUCCCCAUGGCGUGCAGUGUCUCCCAUGGUCAAAGUAUGCCGCUGGUGGAGGCGCGUGUGGCGAGAGCACGGGGCCAUCCUUUUCUCCCUCCCGACACUGUCAAGGCCCGCCUUCUUCCUCGACACUCCCCCCCCCCCUCCGCACUCUGCCCAUUCCCGCACACUGCGCGUGGACCGGGGGGGGCGACACGUCAGCUACCCAAGGCAGGGAUGCAGGUAUUGCGCAGCUCCAGCGCCGAAUCGCGCAUUGAAUGCCAUCGGCCGGGUGUACCCACACACGCGGAUAUGCGCAUCCACAUCUGCACGCGCGACUUUUCCUGCUGCCCUUCCCGCACCGGCGCAUGGCCGUGUAAUAUUCAAACACUCAAACAAAUAAAAAAACACCUUCCUCGCUCCGA